GCGAAAGCCGAAAGGCAUAGAUAAGCUGCGAGCCAGCUAUGCAGCCAUGCUUAGAGACACCAAGGACAAGCGUUCCCGGCUUCUUUCUUUCUGGUCAAUCUGGAGCGGCCAUCAGAGCUGGUCAGUUUCGCAUCAAGCCCACGCAGACAGAGGAGGCUUGACAGAGUAGGUUGGGACUGCUGGAAGUUUCACUGUACAACAUGCUGCGGUUAAGUCUCCCACCCGGGCUUUCAAUGGGAUUUCAUCUGGUAGCUCUGGUGGCUCUCCUGUUUUCCCAUGUUCACCAUAUAACUGCGGAGACAGAGACAGAAACAGGAGGAAAUGCAAGCACUGAAUGUACUGGCUCAUAUUACUGUAAGAAAGGGGUAAUUUUGCCCAUUUGGGAACCCCAAGACCCAUCUUUUGGGGAUAAAAUUGCUAGAGCAACUGUGUAUUUUGUGGCCAUGGUCUACAUGUUUCUUGGAGUUUCUAUCAUUGCCGACCGGUUCAUGUCCUCCAUAGAAGUCAUCACGUCUCAAGAAAAAGAAAUAACCAUUAAAAAGCCCAAUGGAGAGACCACCAAGACUACGGUGAGGAUCUGGAAUGAGACUGUGUCAAACCUGACCUUGAUGGCUCUGGGAUCCUCUGCUCCUGAGAUUCUCCUGUCAGUCAUUGAAGUGUGUGGCCACAACUUCACUGCAGGGGACCUUGGUCCCAGCACCAUUGUGGGAAGUGCUGCCUUCAACAUGUUCAUUAUCAUUGCACUUUGUGUCUAUGUGGUCCCCGAUGGAGAGACAAGGAAGAUUAAGCAUUUGCGUGUGUUCUUUGUGACAGCAGCCUGGAGCAUCUUUGCCUAUACCUGGCUUUAUAUAAUUUUGUCUGUCAUCUCUCCUGGUGUUGUGGAGGUCUGGGAAGGGUUGCUUACUUUCUUUUUCUUUCCCAUCUGUGUUGUGUUCGCUUGGGUAGCAGACCGGCGGCUUCUCUUUUACAAGUAUGUCUACAAGCGGUAUAGGGCUGGCAAGCAGAGGGGGAUGAUUAUUGAACAUGAAGGAGACAGGCCAGCUUCCAAAACUGAAAUUGAAAUGGAUGGGAAAGUGGUCAACUCUCAUGUUGACAAUUUCUUAGAUGGCGCUUUGGUUUUAGAAGUUGAUGAGAGGGACCAAGAUGAUGAAGAAGCGAGGCGUGAGAUGGCAAGGAUUCUGAAGGAACUUAAGCAGAAACAUCCAGAAAAAGAAAUUGAGCAAUUAAUAGAAUUAGCCAACUAUCAAGUCCUAAGUCAGCAGCAAAAGAGCCGAGCAUUUUACCGUAUUCAAGCUACUCGCCUGAUGACUGGAGCUGGCAACAUUUUGAAGAGGCAUGCAGCUGAUCAAGCAAGGAAGGCUGUCAGCCUGCAUGAGGUCAACAUUGACGUGGCUGAAAACGACCCCGUCAGUAAGGUCUUCUUUGAACAAGGGACAUACCAGUGUCUAGAGAACUGUGGUACUGUGGCUCUCACCAUUAUCCGCAGAGGGGGUGACUUGACCAACACUGUGUUUGUUGACUUCAGAACAGAAGACGGCACAGCCAAUGCUGGGUCUGAUUACGAAUUCACAGAAGGGACUGUGAUCUUCAAACCGGGCGAGGCCCAGAAGGAAAUCAGAGUCGGUAUCAUUGAUGACGACAUCUUUGAGGAAGACGAAAACUUCCUCGUGCAUCUCAGCAAUGUCAGAGUCUCUUCGGAAGCUUCGGAAGAUGGCAUACUGGAAGCCAAUCACAUUUCUGCACUUGCUUGUCUCGGGUCACCCUGCACUGCCACCGUAACCAUUUUUGACGAUGACCACGCGGGCAUCUUUACGUUUGAGGAACCGGUGACUCACGUGAGCGAGAGCAUUGGCAUCAUGGAAGUGAAGGUCUUGAGAACAUCUGGAGCGCGAGGAAAUGUUAUCGUUCCCUAUAAAACCAUCGAAGGGACGGCCCGAGGUGGAGGGGAGGACUUUGAGGACACGUGUGGAGAGCUCGAAUUCCAGAAUGAUGAAAUUGUCAAAACAAUAUCAGUCAAGGUAAUUGAUGAUGAGGAGUAUGAGAAAAACAAGACCUUCUUCAUUGAGCUUGGAGAGCCCCGCCUGGUGGAGAUGAGUGAGAAGAAAGCCCUGUUAUUGAAUGAGCUUGGUGGCUUCACGCUAACAGAGGAAUAUGACGACAUGCAGCCACUGACCAGUAAAGAAGAGGAGGAGAGGCGCAUUGCAGAAAUGGGGCGCCCCAUCCUAGGAGAGCACACCAAGCUGGAGGUGAUCAUUGAAGAGUCUUACGAAUUCAAGAGCACUGUGGACAAACUCAUUAAGAAGACAAACUUGGCCCUCGUGGUGGGGACGAACAGCUGGAGAGAGCAGUUCAUCGAAGCCAUCACUGUCAGCGCUGGGGAAGAUGAUGAUGAUGAUGAAUGUGGGGAAGAGAAGCUACCCUCCUGUUUUGAUUACGUGAUGCACUUUCUCACGGUGUUCUGGAAGGUUCUGUUUGCCUUCGUCCCACCUACAGAAUACUGGAAUGGCUGGGCCUGCUUCAUUGUCUCCAUCCUCAUGAUAGGCCUACUGACAGCCUUCAUUGGAGAUCUGGCUUCCCACUUUGGCUGCACCAUUGGUCUGAAGGAUUCCGUGACUGCAGUUGUGUUUGUCGCUCUUGGAACCUCCGUGCCAGACACAUUUGCCAGCAAAGUAGCAGCCACCCAGGACCAGUAUGCAGAUGCAUCCAUAGGCAACGUCACUGGAAGCAACGCUGUGAAUGUCUUCCUGGGAAUCGGCGUGGCCUGGUCCAUUGCUGCCAUCUACCAUGCGGCCAACGGGGAACAGUUCAAAGUGUCCCCUGGCACACUAGCUUUCUCUGUCACUCUCUUCACCAUUUUUGCUUUCAUCAACGUGGGGGUGCUGCUGUAUCGGCGGAGGCCAGAAAUAGGAGGUGAGCUGGGUGGGCCCCGGACUGCCAAGCUCCUCACAUCCUGCCUGUUUGUGCUCCUGUGGCUCUUGUACAUUUUCUUCUCCUCUCUGGAGGCCUACUGCCACAUAAAAGGCUUCUAAAGGAACAAUCAGAUAUAGUAAAUUUAUAUAUAUAUAUAUAUACAUAUAUAUAUACAUAAAAAUUAUGUAUAAUGAACAGAGGAAACUGACAUUUGUCAUGUUUACUUAACCUGCUGAUGGAAUCCAGCUUCAAGAACAUACUCUGUACUAGGCCAGAAGUCAGAAACCAUCACCUCCCACUCCCGGGGCAUCAUCGCGUUGAACAAGGCAUGGAGGCAGGGCCAUCUUGCAGCUCAGCCUAGAAGGGCUGUACUCUCUCCAAGUUCAUAAAUGGUUAAGACUCUUAUUUG